CAAGCAUUGAAGUGUACAGAAAUAAGCAAAUAAAAGCGUAAAUAGUAAAUAAUUUCAAAUUUGCAUUUUUCUUUCUUUCUAAAUAAGCCUGAUUAUUACGCUUUUGAAAUUAACCUAGUUGUACACUUUUGACUUUUUUCUUAACACAAACAUGGCUUUUAGCUUUGGAAAUCCUGUUAGUUCUGCUCCAACAUUUGGUGCACCUUCAGCCUUCGCUUUUGGAAAUACUACGGCUCCAGCAAGUUCAACUGGUUUUUCUUUUGGAGGACCUGCAACCACUACUGCAGGUACAGGUUUUGCAUUUACUUCAACUCCUUCUACACAACCAUUUAAUUUCUCUGGUAUUGGAACAGCCACAACAACUGCCUCUUCAUUUGGAUUUGGAGGUUUUGGAGCUCCAACUACAACAUCAUCAGGAUUCUCUUUUGGGCAACCAACCAAUACAUUUGGAGGAGGUAGUGGAUUAUUUUCUACUAGCUUGCAGCCCACAAAUUUAACUGGUCUUACAGCUCAGCCAACAGCAGUUGAUAAUGUGACAUGUCUUGUUACUGCCCUCAAUCGACCAGCAUUGUUUGGAGAUGAAAGAGAUGCCAUAAUAGCCAAAUGGAACCUUUUGCAAGCUUCUUGGGGAACAGGAAAAGGCUAUUAUUUUCCCAAUGCUGCACCUGUUGAAUUCACACCUGAAAAUCCAUUUUGUUGUUUUAAAUCUGUGGGUUACAUGUGUUUACCAACUGCCAAACCGGAGGAUUGUAUAGUUGGCAUUGUGUUUAACAAAAAAGAUCAAGAGAUAGUAGCUCAACAGCAGCAAGUUAUUGAUACCCUUCACAAGUGUUUUGGCAGUAAACCUACAAUAUCUGUUACUGUUGAUGGUAUUAAAGCUUUACCAGAUGACAGAACAGAAGUAACCUUUUAUUUGUUAGAGAGGAUGAAUACUGGUCUAACCAGAAGAGUUCCUCCUACAGAGAUUUGCAGUUACAUGGAACAGCCGACUGUAAAGCCUCAACUUACAACUAUUGGAAUAAUGUGCGUUGCUCCAAAAACUGCACACAGUAAAGAACAGUUGCAACAGUAUAUUGAAAAUCCUCCAGCUGGAAUCGAACCUAUAGUAUGGAAACAAGCAAAUCUUGAUAAUCCAGAUCCUGGCAAACUUAUUCCCGUACCGCUAAUUGGUUUUCAGGAGCUCUCUCGUCGUAUGAAAUUUCAAGAAUAUGAAACGAAACAACAUCAAAAAAGAUUGGAUAUUAUAUCUGAUGAUAUAGUGGAACUUAAUCGCAAUCACACUACAACUGUUGCCAAGAUUGCUGAACAUAAGCGAAAACUUUUGGAAUUACAGCAUAGAGUUUUAAAAGUAUUAGUGCAUCAAGAAGUUAGUAGAAAAAUGGGAUACAGUAUUCAAGCAGAUGAAGAACAACUGCGAGUAAAACUGGAAGCUAUUCAAGCAGAACUUAGUGCUCCAACUCAAUUUAAGGGCCAUUUGAAGGAAUUAACCUCUCAAAUAAGAAUGCAGAAUCAGACAUCAACGUUUGAAAGUGAACGCUAUAGUAUUGAUGAAAGAGCCAAGGAAGAAAUAAAAGAGCAACUGCUUUCACAGCAAGAAGGUAUUGCACUUCUAAUAAAGAUAAUCAAAGAAGAUCUGUGGGAACUGAACAAAAUUGAGUCUAUGAUGAAUGCAGAAAAUGCUAGAAGAAGAUGAAAAUGUAUGAGCAUUUAUUGUUUUGUAGGAAUUGUUAUUUAAUAAAUUUGUCCCUUUCAUUUUUUAAAA